AGUUGGUUUUGUUCGCGGCAAAUGUCAAUGACGUCAUCGUCCUCCUCCCCACUGCUAUCAGCCUCCCCUUCCUCUGCUAGCACCUCUUCUCGGGCAUUUCCUGAUGAUGAACAGCAGUCAUCACCCGGCUCAGGGUCAGACCUCGGGGAUGGCCAGUCUCGGAUACUCAUAUCGGUAGUAAGGAAGAAUCGGCGAAAAAGGAGUGAUGUGGAUACGGCUACCUUCGUAUUGGACAGUGGCGACAAGUUGGUACUUGAGGUUGAUGGCGCUCAUCGGACAGAACAAGCGACAUCUGAGAAGACCAAACGGACUAGGACACCAACGAGCACGGUGAAGGAAGAGAGGAUUACUAAACGUAGCGGCGCGGCUGCUCGGACGACUCAGAAGUCGAAAGCGCGGCGAACACAACACUCGACGAAGCGGUGGUAUCUCAAUGAUCUGCCGGAACUCGUCGAAGCACGGUUAGUUAUUCAUAGAGAGGAUCCCAACCUGCCUGCUAUACGUAAGAAUGACUUCAAGAUAUGGACAGGCCAGCCCCUCCAGACGCAGAUCAUUGAUGUCCUUAAACGAGGCCUUUACCGAGACAUCUCCAGUUGGUACUGUGAGUUCGAUAAGGAUGGCGUUCGAGGGAAGCACGUUGACGGUUCCCAGGCUCCCCUCAAUAUCCCUGGAUUCGAGCCCGGCAUCACCAUCGUCGUCAAGCCUGGUCGGAAGCGUUGAACGGUGGCCUUUGACUAGUCGUCCAAUUUGUACAGUGAAAUGCCUGAUCGACGUAGGGCGGGUGCAUUCCUUUGACUGGGAGUGGACUUCCCCGCUUCGUCGUAGCAUCGAUAUUAUUGCCCAAUUGACUUCCUAUGAUACCAUUGAACCAUUAUUUACCUCAUCUCCGAUGAUACGGCUACUGAAGUGUACAUCUUCUCUGACGGGUUACUCUCCGUCGUACGAAUGU